AUGAAUACCACAACUGGCUUUGUUAAUCUAAUGUAUAGUCAAUCUUCAGUUGAUCUUGAGUCACCCGAACCAGCUUGGUUCGGGUCCCAAGGUCCUGAUGAGUUUGUUUUCCACCCUGGUGUCGAGUCUUCUUUCCAACCUGGUGUCCAGUCUGCUGUCCAGCCUACUGUCGAGUCUGCUAAUAAAGAGAGGAGGAAAUGGUCUCCUAAUGAGGAUAAAAUCCUCAUUGGUGCUUGGCUUAACACCUGCAAAGACCCCGUUGUCAGCUUACCUAGAGAGCUUGGUCCAGCGAAGCAGCGGUGGGCUAGGAUUAACGAGCAGGUCUGUAAGUUUGUUGGUUGCUAUGAGGCGGCGUUGAGGGGGCAGAGAAGUGGUCAGAAUGAAGACGAUGUGAUGAAAGCUGCCCUCGACUCAUUCUUCAACAUUUACGAGCACAAGUUCAGCCUCGAACAUGCGUGGAGGGAGCUGAGGCAUGACCAGAAAUGGUGCACCACCUAUAUGGUUAAAGAUGGUGGGAAGGAGAAGCGCAAACAAGUGGUGGACGUUGAUACAGAAGAUGAUGUUGCCGAACCUGAAAGCAGACCAGAUGGUGUGAAAGCUGCUAAAGCAGCUGGUAAGAGGAAGAAGAGUGGCAAUGAAGAAGAGAUGUCACAGCUUCAGUCCAUCAUGGAAAUGAAAGAAAAGCUCUCCAAACAAAAGAUUCUAGAACGUUUACUUGCCAAAAAAGAUCCUCUCUCCGAGAUGGAAGAAUCUCUUAAACUGAAACUCAUGACUGAGAUGUUCUGA